AUGGACGCCUCCUCCCUCCGCAUCUCCAAGUUCGAUGGAACUAACUUCCACGCCUGGAAGUUCAAGAUGCAGAUGGUGCUGGAGGAACGGGACCUAUGGGAGGUCGUCAGCGGUGAGAUCAAGGCGGAACAGUGCGAGACUCAGUUGGACCAAGCGACGUACAAGAGGAAGUCAAGAAAGGCGAUGGCAGUGAUCUGUCUAGCCAUGGAAGAUUCCCAGCUACCGUUGGUCCGGUCGGCAAGUGGUGCAUGCGACGCAUGGUCAAGGUUGGAAGACCACUUCGAGAAGAAGAGUCUUGCCAACAAGCUGUUCUUGCGCCGUCGCUUCUUCACGACAAUGAUGGAAGAAGGCGACGAUGUGCUCGAACACAUCAACAAGCUCAAGACGCUGGCGGAACAGCUAGAAGCGGUGGGGGCUCCAGUCUGCGAGGACGAUCUGGUGAUCACACUCCUCGGCAGCCUGAGUGACUCGUAUCAAUUCUUGAUCACAGCUUUGGAGUCGCGCUCAGACACUCUUAGCUGGGAGCUCGUGAUGUCUCGACUGCUUCAUGAAGAAAUGAAGCGGAAGGAGCAAGGAAGUAAAGGUGAUGAAGCUUCGCAAGGUCAAGCGUUCAUCACAAGGGACAAUCAGCGCAAAGGGCGACCAGUGAAGAAGUCCUGGCCGUGCCACAAUUGCGGAAAGAUUGGUCACUGGAUGGCGGAGUGCCCCUCGCGCAUCCAAGAAAACACGGAGAGACACCGGCCACAGCGUGCUCAAGACAGCGGCGACCGCUAUCGAUCACAACGUGCAAACGUCGCUCAAGAAGAAGACUCGGGCGACUACCUCUUUUCGAUCGGUGAAACGACAUCUGCGAAAUCGAGCGACAUCUGGCUGGUCGACUCCGGGGCGACGCAGCACAUGACGUGCUCCAAGAAGUUCAUGCGGAACUACAAGGGGUUUGACGCUGUGGAUGUCCAUCUCGCGGAUGAUGGAAUCGUCCAAGCAAUCGGCAGUGGGGACAUUGUCAUGUCGAUGAAGACACCCCAAGGGAUGAAGAAAGGUGUGCUCACAAACGUGUGGCACAUCCCAAAGUUAUCCAGAAACCUGUUCUCGGUCGGCCGCUUCACCAAGGAUGUCGGCCCAGUGACGUUCACGAAGGAUGGGUGCUAUGGAGAAGCGAAAGGGACCAAGUGGAAAAUUGGUGCCCGUGAAGGUAAAGGACUGUUCAAGCUGCAAAUGACUCCAGUGGCGCCGGAACAAGCAAAUGCAGCCAAGUCGUCGGGAUGUCAAGGGGGCACCAAGUCGUACCUCUGGCACCUUCGGCUUGGCCACAUAGGUCACGAUGGACUCAAUUGCAUCGUGACGAAGGACAUUGGAAUUGGCAUCGACAUAUCUUCGGUGAAGAAGUGGGACGUGUGUGAAGGUUGUGCUCUGGGAAAACAGACUCGAGUGCGCUUCCAAUCAAACACUACAGCUCGCACCUCCAAACUCCUCGAAGUGAUUCACAGCGACGUAUGCGGACCGAUGUCGAUGGCAACUUUCAGUGGAAAACGGUACUUCGUGACAUUCAUCGAUGACAAGUCAAGAUACUGUGUCGUCUAUCUGCUCAAGAGCAAAUCUGAAGUUGCGGCGAAGUUCAUGGAAUACGCUGCGAUGGCCGAAACGCAAACCGGAAAGCGCGUGAAGUACCUUCAAAGCGACAAUGGGGGUGAAUACAAGUCCGACAAGCUGGCACGAUUCUGCGCGGAACGGGGAAUACAACAAAGGUUCACACCCCCAUAUACUCCUCAGCUAAACGGAGUAGCUGAGAGAAUGAAUCGCACGCUGGUCGAGUGUGCGCGUUGCAUGAUGGAACACGCUGGACUGGGAAAGAGCUACUGGGGUGAAGCAGUGAUGACGGCGAUGUUUCUUCGAAACCGCUGUCCAACACGUGCCAUUCACCAAGACAAGUCUCCAUAUCAAGUGUGGACGAUGAAGAAACCGAUUCUGGCCAACCUUAAAGUGUUUGGAUGCCACGCGUAUGUUCAAGUGCCUCAAGACAAACGCGCGAAGUUCGACUCCAAGUCAUCACUCUGUCGUUUCCUGGGAUACGCCGAACACCAGAAGUCAUAUCGAUUUGAGGAAGUGUCAACAGGAGCGAUCAAGAUCAGUCGCGAUGCCACAUUCAUGGAAGACAAGUUUGAUGAAGGUCCGCGCAACUACAACGAUGAGUCAAGUGCCGUUGAGUUUGAUGAUCAAGACGAGGACGAAGAAAAAAGAAGAAGGUAA